CCAUCAGCCACCACGGCGGACGCUCGCUCGCAUGCUCGGAUGAUCGACGGUUCACCGGGCGGGGAAGCCACUUCACCGGCCGCAAGCGGUCGGCCGUUCUGUCUGUCUGUCACUAGAUUUGAACGCGUGCAGACACACGUGCGCGCCUGGCGGUCGGUCGAAAAGGUUUGCAACAGUCGAUAGCAACGCAUCCCGCAGUGCUGCUGCGGGCUCUGAAGCUGAAGCAAGACGGCCUGGGGGACUUUCGAUUGAUUUGCAGGUCGUUAUCAGUGCGUCUCUUAUGUGACCCGACAGUGACGUAUCAAAGUAGUGUGGAAAAAGACCCAAACUGAAAAAGUGGUUCGAAAUAGUGUCUAGCUUGCAGCGUUAAGAAUGUGACCGGUCCGGUGUGCAAAGUGCUUGGAGCGAGAAAGAAACGCAACAAAUCAACGCUAUAUCAAGCAACAUCUCGGGAACGUCACGCAACGACCGGUGAUCUUCCCUAGCCAAUUCGUUUUAGAAUCACCCUGUAGCUAAUCACCGCACCACGAGAUAUAGAGCAACCUGCACGAAAUAAGCAUAAGAAAAAAAGCUACAUAUCAACCAUGCCGGCUUACGCUGGGUUCGACAGUUUUGGAACGUCCCGCCGGACGGCCGAAUCGCUGUACUACACCGCGAAGGAGUACGACUCGGCGGAAGAGUCCGACUACGUCCGGCGCGCGAUCUUCGAGGACGGUCCGAACACCAUCUUCAAUCGGCGAUAUGUCGAUCCGUGGGAUAUGGAGAACUAUGUCUACAUUCGCAAACAAGUGAUGGAUCCAACGUCCGAGUCCGAGGUACCGCCGUCGCCCGCCGGUGAACCGAUACAGUCCAAGUUCUACUACGUGCCGGGCGAGCUGAACGGUAGUGGGUUGGAGUGUCGCGAUUGCUCCAGUGCCGAGCUGAUCGAUCCCGAGUUCGAUCCCGUCGCCCGUGGGGAAGACCUGGAGGGUCAGAGUGUCGUGCUGCUGCCCGAGGAGGAACAUGCACUCGAGGGAGAGAGCCAGCACCACCGUCAGCAGCAUCCGAUGGUGGGCGACGAGCGGCCGAGCGAGCUGGAGGACGAGCUGAACGCCGAGGACGACGAGGACGAGGAUGGAUUCUACACCGAACGAUACGAUACCGUUAUGGACGAGGAUAGCAUCGGGGGUGAUGAGCAUGUCUACAGCUCAUACACGGAUCUGGAAACGUCAUCGACGGAGCAGCCAAGCUCGUGCGACAGCUCGAUGUCGGCGCUGCGCCUGCACACGCCCGGCUUCGGCAAGAGCGCUUCCAGCCGGCGCCCGAUCGUGCUGCCGAAGCCGCUGCCCCAGCUGGAGUUUCCCGGGCCACCGUCGUACGAGUACUACGAGCCGAGCUGCUGCUACAUGCCGCUGCCACCGCCACCGCCGCCUCCACCUCCGCCGGCACACUUCCAUCACACUCACGCUCAUCAUCAUCAUGGACAUUCGGGGCUCCCGCUCGGACCACCGCCGUCCGUCACCGGGACGAUCCUGUCCGACCAGCACAACUACUACACGCUGAACGAUUGUCUCGAGUGUGCCCGGCAGGAGGCGGAACAUGUGCCGCUGUACGCGACGACCAGCAGUGCCGGUGGGCUGGCCGGCCCGCCCGCCGGCAGCCCGACGAGGCGGCGGUCCCGCAGUGUCAGCGUCGUCAGCCAGAGUAUGAGCAUUGCUAGACGGCCGAGCCAGAUGCUCGAUCCGGCCACCGCGAUCGCGAUCGCAGCGACCAACGCUAACGUAUGUUACACGCCGCAACAUUUCAGCUUAAGCAAAAAGGGUCUGCUGCAGAUCGACUACUCCUGCAACUGGAACAACCUGGAUCGGUACAUUGCCAAAUGAUGAUAGCGGGGAGAUAUGGUUCGCACCAGAGAAGCCGUAGUCGAUAAGUUAAUUUAAACAGAAAUAAACUACGAUACUACCGGUAGGCGAAUGGGGGGAAGGGGUAGGUUUUGGCGAGGUUAAAUCGCUGGACAGGUUAUCUAUUAGGUUCGCGGUGUUGAAUCGACUAGCGAAUGAAGUGUAUGAAAUGUAAAUACCAUUACGACAAAUAAUUGUUCUUUUA